UUGCUACCAACAUACCAGGAGAGACUCUGUUGAUUCAAACAAAGGAAGCUGUUUGUGAUGACUAUCAAAAACUUAGGGCACUGGCUAAAACUUUACUUAAGUUUGAAGUGACUGCUGUCAUAGGAAAAGCUAUUAUGACAGAAUACGGGGAGAUAUUUUGUAGAGAUGAUUUAAUUUUGAAUGAUUGUGACAGAGGAUUGAAAAUUAAGUUUCCACUUCAAUUGACAUCACAGUUUCGAUCAAUGCGUUUACAAUUUGGAGAUACAUUUGUUAAAGUGGAAUCAAUUUUGCAGACAAUCCCACAACCAACAAUUGAUAAUAUCAAAAAGUCGUUGAGAUUUUCUUAUAAUACAUUACGCCCUCAACUGGAUUUGUGUAAAGAUAUGAAUGACAUCUUAGAGUUAAUGAGUGAUAACAGUUCACUUGAUGAUAUUAGCAUGCUAGAGUUUCUUGUCAAUAAACUCAAUAUAGAAGAAGCUAAGUUAGUUGUUCAGAAAUACAAAGAAGUAAUAGAGGAGUUUAGUAAAACAGAACUUAGUAAAUGUUUACAUGAGAGGUUUUCGUAUGCUUCACCACUUCAAUGUGAAAGUGUUACCAUUGUCGUUGAUCGAAAAACCGAUGAUCUUACAUUGGAUGAUGUCAGGAGAUUAUCAGCUAAUUUAUUUGAUGAGCUUUCACCAAAUGUCAGAUUAAAUGUCGUUAGAGAUGAUAAUUCUUUCACUAUCACUUGUUCCUUCCCUUUGAUUCUAUCUGAGCAGUUAAUUAGAGCUGCUCUUAAUAAUAUUGAUGUAUUGAAAGAAAACAAAGUAAAGAGAUUAACCAUUGGAUACUGCACUGUGUAUGAGGUAAACGACACCUCCCCUACAACAGAUCAAAAUGAAUAUCAACAAACUUCAUCCUUAUCAACUAGUAGUGGCUUAUCAAAACAAUUGAUGCUGUCAUUGAGUGUACAACUGAUUAGUAGUAAGGAGGAGGUUACUACUUUAAAUGAGGAAAGUAAGAUAAUGAAGGAAGAAGCAGAGUCAUUGAAGGAAAGACUAGACACUAAAAACAAAAUGCUGAAUGUCAGUAUGGCAGAAAACAAUAGGUUUAAAAAAAUAGCAGCCGAGACGAGUCAGUUAUUGCAAAAGAAAGUAUCACAUUUAACAGAACGUGAAAAAGAGAAUGAGAAACUGACUGAAAUAAACAAAUUACUAGAAGAGAAGCUUGCUUUAUUUCAAUCUGAGAAAGAAAAAGAUGAAAAACAGCCACUCACUGUAGAAUGUAGGUCAAAUAAAGAACUAAAGGAACAAAUUUUUAAGGAAAAUAAUGAAAACACCAAAGAUGAACAAAGAACAGAAGUUGAGAAGAUAUUGGCAGAAAAAGAAGAACUACAAGCACAAUUUGAUUCCUACAAAAGAACAAUGAUGGCAGAAAAUGAAAAAUUGCAAACAGACCUUGCUAAUGCAAGGAAAGAAGCAGAAAAAAUUGUGACAAAAAUGGAAGAGCUGACAUACAAUAUUGAAAUAAUGAAAAAUGAGGCAAUGAUGACAGAAAAUGAUCAAAUCACACAAUUAAAAUUGACUCGAGUUCCAACAUUGCAUGAUGACUGGAGAGAACCACACACUCUACCAGUGGAAGUAUUGAUGACAUCUUUUGCUUCACAUCAUAAAAGCAAUGGCUAUUGGUACAGCCCAAGUUUCUAUUCUCAUAAAAAAGGAUACAAGCUGUGUCUAAGAGUGAGAGCUAAUGGAGAGUCAGAAGGAAGUGGAACACAUCUCAGCAUUCACAUCCAUUUGAUGAGAGGUGACCAUGAUGACACCUUAAAAUGGCCGGUCAGGGGAAAAGUAAAACUAGUGCUAUUGAAUCGGAAACGUGAUGAAAAUCAUUUCGUUGAGGAAAUUGAAUUUAAUGAUGGCUCAAAUCCAGAGGCCACAGGGAGGGUGAUCAAUGGAAUUCAGAUAAGCAGUGGCACUGCAGCUUUUGUUGGACAGGGAAGAGCAGCUUUUAUACCACAAGACCUACUCUUCCAAGACUACAUGAAAGAUGAUAGCAUCAGGAUUCGUAUUACCAGUGUAGAUUUAUCAGGCCAGGGUAAUUCAAUACCCAUAUCAGUUGCUACCAGUUGGCCUCCUAUUUUCGAAUUUAGAAUCAAUAACUUCUCUGCACUACAAAAAUCCAAUGGAAGUUAUGUCAGUGAUUAUUUCUACACACACAAAAAAAAUAAUGGUUACAGGUUUGUUUUUAUGGUGUAUCCCAAUGGGGUAGGAGCAAACAAAGGGAAAAAUGUAUCUAUUUUUGCUCACCUUACAAAAGGAGAAAAUGACGACCAACUCAAGUUUCCAUUUAGAGGAGAGAUCACACUUCAAGCUGUUAACUGCCACGCCAAUCACGAUCAUGCUGAGAAAGUGAUUCGAAUCAAUGAAUUGACAGACCCUAAGGAGACAUAUGGUGGUCGUGUAGCAUGGUAUAAUGUAACUGGACAAGCACUCAAUGGAUAUGGAUUCCCAGAAUUUUUACGAGACGAGCAACUGAAAUACAAUGAAAAGAAUAACACACAAUAUCUCAAUGAAAAUGACUCAAUGCUUUUUAGAGUAACUAAUGUAAGAGUAAUGUCAAUAUAAAGCGCAAAUAAUUUUUAAUACAUAU